CAUUCGUCUUACCACGACGCUUUGCUUUGUUGCGCUUAAGCUAACUCCCCACAACAGCAGCGGGGGUCUUCGUCGCUGACACUUGACGCCAUAAACCGCCGGUGCUGUUUCCCGGUGGCCGACGGGAUGAUUCCUACCGAGGACGCGUCCGCCAGGAAGCGGGAGAUCGAGGAGAAGCUGAAGCAGGAACAAGAGACGCUGUCGUUCAUCCGGGAAAACCUGGAGAAGAGUGAUCAGCAGACAAAGGGCAUGGUCUCCAUCCUGUCGUCCUUCGAGAGCCGCCUGAUGCAGCUGGAGAACUCCAUCAUCCCCGUCCACAAGCAGACGGAGAAUCUGCAGUGUCUGCAGGAGAACGUGGACAAGACCCUGUCGUGCAUGGACCACGUCAUCAGCUACUACCACGUGGCCAAGGACACCGACCGGAUCAUCCGGGAGGGGCCGACCGGCAGGCUGGACGAGUAUCUCGCUUGCAUUGCAAAGAUUCAGAAAGCGGUGGAAUACUUCCAAGACAACAACCCCGACAGCCCCGAGCUCAACACCGUGAAAGCGCGCUUUGAGAAAGGCAAAGAGCUGCUGGAGGCCGAGUUCCGCAGCCUGCUGACCCGCUACAGUAAACCCGUCCCCCCGAUUCUCAUCCUGGACGCCAUCAGCGUGGACGAGGAGCUGGAGGUCCAGGAGGACGUGGUGCUGGAGCACCUCCCCGAGGCCGUGCUGCAGGACAUCAUCUGCAUCGCCGGCUGGCUGGUGGAGUACGGACGCAACCAGGUCUACAUCGCAGAACUGGGCGAGUCGUUCACUACCUGUUCCAUCCUGAUCCCGGGGCUCUUGUACUGUGAUGAUGUCAUCAGGGGGGGGCGGGGGGUCAACGUGAAUGUCGAUUGUUUAACCUGUGUGAAGUCUUCUGAUCUAACCUGUGUGCUCUGCUCCUACGUGACCCGAGUGUUCCGUUCUAGUAGCUUCUCCCCCCCCCCCCAUACAAACCCCUGCUGGUGGCGGUGGUGUCGGUUUCAUGUUUUCUCACUUCCUAGCUCUCCCUUUCUUCUUCUGCACUCUUCCUCUUGGCUGUCUGGACCUGCUCCUCCUGUCUCUGUGUUUCUGGGACCAGGGACCAUUCGCAAGGCUCAGAACCCUCUGAAACAGUACUCACAGCAUGGGCUGGAUGGAAAAGGGGGGCUCUACCUCACUCCUUUGAAAGGUCACGAUCACGACCCGCGGGUCAAACAUCCCUCUGACGUUCUGAGCGAGAAGCACGGGGCCGCCUCAGGGAAAGACGACGUGCUGGACGUGGAGAUCGACUCCUACAUCCACUCCAUCAGCGCCUUCGUGAAGCUGGCCCAGAGCGAGUACGCCCUGCUGGCCGAGAUCAUCCCUGAGCACCACCAGAAGAAGACCUUCGACUCGCUCAUUCAGGAGGCGCUGGACAACCUGAUGCUGGAGGGAGACAACAUCGUGUCUGCAGCUCGUAGAGCCAUAAUGCGCCACGACUACUCGGCCGUGCUCACCAUCUUCCCCAUCCUCCGGCACCUGAAGAUGAACAAGGCCGAGUUCGACUCCACGCUGCAGGGCACGGCGGCGAGCACCAAGAACAAGCUGCCGACCCUCAUCACCUCGAUGGAAACCAUUGGAGCCAAAGCUCUGGAGGAGUUUGCAGACAGCAUCAAGAACGAUCCGGACAAAGAGUACAACAUGCCCAAGGACGGAACGGUCCACGAGCUGACCAGCAACGCCAUCCUGUUCCUGCAGCAGCUGCUGGACUUCCACGAGACGGCCGGAGCCAUGCUGGCCUCUCAAGUACUGGGGGACACUUACAAUAUCCCUUUAGACCCCCGAGAGACCAGCUCAUCGGCCAGCAGCUACACCUCCGAGUUCAACAAGCGCCUCCUCAGCAGCUACAUCUGCAAAGUGCUGGGGAACCUGCAGCUGAACCUGCUCAGCAAGUCCAAGGUGUACGAGGACUCGGCCCUCAGCGCCAUCUUCCUCCACAACAACUACAACUACAUCCUGAAGUCGCUGGAGAAGUCCGAGCUCAUCCAGCUGGUGACGGUGACCCAGAAGAAGGCGGAGAACUCGUACCGGGAGCUGAUCGAGCAGCAGAUCCAGACGUACCAGCACAGCUGGGUGAAGGUCACCGAGCACCUGACCAACAGGAACAUGCCGGUCUUCCAAGCCGGCACCAAGGUCAGAACUUCCUCCUGGGGGGGCGGCGGGGGGACGGGGGGGGUUUAUCUAAGUAUAAUAAUAAUAAUAAGUUUCUCCAGCUGA